AAAAUAGAAAAUACCGUGCAGAAAUUGAGAGAAAAAAAGAAAAGAAAACGAACAUGAGAUCUGCUGUCGGCAAUCUCCCCCUCGGAUCUGCUACAUCUUUGACAAUUUUUCAACUGAUUUUUAUUUACUUACUAAUUAAUACUUGUCUCUAAUUUUCAUAUUAUUGAUACAUGUAAAUAUCAGCAUGUAUAGAUUCAAAUUCCGUUAGUUUUCUUGAUUUUUUAUUGUGGGCAAAGGGAGUUUUUAGAGCAUCAGAUGGAAAAGGAGAGAAGAGUUAAUGAUCGAGGAGAUUUUUAUCAGGUUCAUUCGUCCACAGCGGCCACAUCGUCUGCAUCAUCAUCACCGUCGAGAUCACUUCCGGUUUCUUCUGAAUCGUCCACCGCUGUCGGCGUAGGUGUAAAUGGUGGCCCGAAUUAUAUAGUACACCAUGUUUCUAAAUUUGAUACCCUCGCCGGUGUCGCCAUCAGAUACGGCGUCGAGGUGGCAGAUAUAAAGAGGAUGAAUGGAUUGGUAACGGACCUCCAAAUGUUUGCUUUGAAGACUAUUCACAUACCAUUGCCAGGGAGGCAUCCCCCUUCUCCUAGCUUGUCCAAUGCUCUUGACACUCCUCAACGAUCAAGCAGCUCUGAGCAGACUCCAUCUCCCCGCAGGCAUUCUGACUUGUUUGAUUCCCUUCAGUCACUGAAACUGAAAUCUUCUUUGGGACAGAAAGUUUCUCCAGGCAUGAGCAGUCUUCAAGGUUUUUAUGGUCUUAAACCAGUAGGUCAGAAAGCUGCACCAGAAGGUUUUGAAAUGGCCGUGUAUCGAAAUGGAGCUCAUUAUCUAGAGGAUGGGCCUCUUGGAAAAUCUUCACUUACGUCUAACCCACCGCUAAGUCAUCACAGAAAAUCAAAAAGCGUAGCUAGUGACUUGAUGUCAAAUAAUGGUCAUUGGAUCAAUCAGCUUUUUUCUCUAGAAACUGAAGAUAGUAACUUGGGUAAGUGGAUUGAGAAAUUGACCCGAAGGCUUCCAAAAUUAGAGGCCAACUUGACUUCGCGCACCCCAGAAAAGCUGCUAAAGGAGGAAAACAGCAAUAGUGGUGGAUUUUCAGCUAUUACGGGCAAAAGCUUGGCUCUCAGAGCUAAAUCUGCUAGUCGAACUGCCUCGGGAGUUGAUGCUCAAGCAGGUGGGCAUAACCCAAUUCCUGUAAGUUUGGGGGAUUCUUUUCUAGACAGUUUCGCUGCAGUAAGGAAGUCAUCUAGUACAUCGAGUUUGCAGGAUUCAGAUAACUGCACAUCUUCAUCCAUAAGGCCCAUGCCGAAGUGGAGUUUGAAGCCAGAUUUUCAGGCCCUUUCUACUGCAGCCUUUUUUGAUGGCCUUCCUAAUCCAAUGGGUCGAAGAAACAAGGCAGCACUUGAUUAAUGAAAAUUCUUUAACCUAUCAAGUUAAGCAUUUUCUUUUUCAAAUUAUAUUUAAGCAUUCAUCAGUCAACGUUAGAUAGCAUAGCAGAAAUGGAAACAGGGAAAUAGAAAGUAAAUUACUAUAUGUGGAUGACAUUGCAUCUGAAUUUUGAUCGAAGGAUAAUUAAUAUUCAUAGAGGAGUUGAACCUUGAUAGGAAUGUAUAUUAGAUACUUGCAUAUGUUUAUUAGAGAAAGGAAGGAGAUAGGGGGAUGAAUUUGUUUAUAGCUGUAAUUUACAUAUUUUUACUUUAAGGUGCUUUACGUUUGUAUUUGAGUAUCGAUCACUGAGGUUCUCCUUUCAUGUUGGAGACGAGGUAUCAAUAUAGAUGUAAUGACAUUUUUAAUAAGGGUCCAGCGAACCCCAUUCUUCUUUGUUAAUUGAUAAUAUUAUCUU